UUCCGUACUUGGCAGGCGGCAUGGCAGAGUCGGCGGGUGGCUUUGUGGCUGCCUCGGGGUGGCUUUCAGCUCCGGAGCUGAUUCCUACGUUGGGGCGUCUGAGCGACACAGCCCCGCUGCCGCCCAAUUGGAUGCUCUGGGCCAUGUUGCCACCGCCUCCACCCCCUUCGUCGCCUCCCGCAGGAGGGUCGCAACCUUGCUCGGAGCAGCCCCCGGCGGUCACCGGGGCACUACCCGUCUUCGACAGCCAGAUUCUUCCGGGGGCUCAGUCCCCCUUCGACACCCAGUCCCGCCUCGAUUCGCAGCCUCAGGUCAACGGCCAGCCUUCCUGGGGUUCCCAGGCUUCGACAUCAUGGCCCUGGAGACAGUCUCCUGGUAGUUUCCUUUGGCAUCAGAAAGCCCACGACACUCCGGUUAAACAUUCUUAUUUUCCACAAAAAUAUGAUGCAAAGCUUACUGACUUCAGCUUCCCUCCCAGUAGAAAACAUAAAAAAAAGAAAAGAAAAGAACCCGUUUUUCACUGUUUUUGUGAUACCUGUGAUCGUGGUUUUAAGAAUCAAGAAAAGUAUGAUAAACAUAUGUCCGAACAUACAAAAUGUCCUGAAAUUGAUUGCUCUUUUAGUGCACAUGAGAAGAUUGUCCAGUUCCAUUGGAGAAAUAUGCAUGCUCCAGGUAUGAAGAAGAUCAAGUUAGACACUCCAGAGGAGAUUUCGAGAUGGAGAGAAGAAAGGAGAAAAAACUACCCAACGCUGGCCAAUAUUGAAAGGAAGAAAAAGUUAAAACUUGAAAAGGAACAGAGAGGUGCAGUAUUAACAACAACACAGUAUGGUAAGAUGAAGGGAAUGUCCAGACAUUCACAGAUGGCAAAAAUCAGAAGUCCUGGCAGAUAUCACAAAUGGAAAAAUGAUCGACUUGGACAGAGAGCAGCCAUUGGAUCAGGCCACUGCUUGUGUGACUCGAAGUCUGAAGGUCCUUCUGAUUUAAAUGCAGACCCUCUGAGUGUUUUGGUAAAUACUGAUUCUGAGUCUGAUAAAGAAGAGAAACCACAAAGUACUGUCAUACCCAAGGAAGUGACACCAGCCCUGUGCUCACUAAUGAGCAGCUAUGGCAGUCUCUCAGGGUCAGAGAGUGAGCCAGAAGAAGCUCCCAUUAAAACUGAAGCAGAUGUUCUGGCGGAAGACCAGAUUCCUCAUGGCGAUACUCCUAAAAGAUCAAGUCAAGAUGUUAAAGCAACUGUUGGAACUUUCUCAGAAGCCAAAUUUAAGAGUCAAAAGAAAAGUUUCAAAAAGACAAAUCCUAACAGGAAAAAAGAUUAUCACAACUGUCAUCCAUUAUUUGAACCAAGAACACAUCAUCCAUAUCUCCUGGAAAUGCUUUUAGCUCCAGACAUUCGACAUGAAAGAAAUGUGAUUUUGCAGUGUGUUCAGUACAUCAUCAAAAAAGACUUUUUUGGACUUAAUGAUAAUUCUACAAAAACUGAAGUUGUGUAGUUACUUUUUUGGUUUACUGCAACAUAUCUUCAAGUAAGUAAAUGUUUACACCUUAAAAAAACUGGGGGGGGGGUUUAGGGUCUUAGGUUCAAAAUAAUUUCCCCUCAGAUUUUAAAUUGUAACAUGAUUGUUUGCUAGCAUCCAAUAUUGCUGAUUAAAAGUCAGACACUAAUAUGACUCUCUCUGUUUAUUGGUAAAAAACUUUCUUUUUUCCUUAUGAAAAAUUUUUAGGACUUUUGUGCUUGGAGUUCUAAAAUUUCAGGGUGCCUAGGUGUAUGGGUAUGUGGGACAUUUGUCAUUUAUUCUACUGACCCCAUUGUUUUUUACCUUGAAGAAUUCUACCAUUCUUGGAUUAAGGGCAGUUUUUAAAUGAUUAAAAUUUUUUUUUAACCAUUUUAUAUGCUUCGUUUUUCUGGCACUUUUAUCAAGUGAAUAUGGGACCUCCUGACUUGAUCCUCUGUCAGUUAACUUUUAUUUUGUCUUGAUCUUUUUUCUUUGUUCUGAAAGAUUUCUUUGUCUUCCAGAUCAUUAGUCCUUGUCAGGUGUGUCUAUUAUGUUAUUAUUUAGCUUUUAAGUUUAGUAAUUUGCUUUUAAAUAGUCAAGAUAGCUGCCUUGUUCUAAGUUUUUAAAAUAAACGUAGUACCCUUACAUUGCUGAGGAUACUGAUUAGAUUUUUCAGAUUUUUUUUCCUAGUCCUUGAAUUACUUGUUUUUUUCCCCCAUUGAUUGUGAGUCUUCUGUUUGUUCAAUUUACUAAUUACCUGUAUUGCUAUUUGUUGUUCUUAAAAGAUCAUUCUUACAUGUGAAAGAGAUUCACUUGAUGAAUGUAUUGGUAGUUGGUGUAUAUUUUUCCCACAUUUGUAUGAGCCUUUCUUUCUUCAAAAGACAUUUACUUUGAGAAAAGGCAGCUUGUUCACACAAACCUUUUGUAAUAAUACCCACAUGGGUAGUGGGCAGAAGAGCUAGGUUCUUGUCCUAUCCUCCAAUCUCUUUGCCAAAGUGCUGUAUUCUGAUGGUGGAGCUCUUCUUCCCUGGGCAGAACUAGCUCCCACUCCCACCAACCACAUGGUUUAGGAAGUGAGCAAGGUUAGGACCAACUGUCACGACUGGAGGCCUCCAACUUUUCAUGGCUGCUGACUCUGAGCUUGGAGUAUCCCUGCAAUUGGUUUUACCUCUCUGCGAUUGUUGUCCCUGGGCCUGGUUUGAGCUAAGGGUUUCCUCUUUUGUUUCUUGUAAGAUUGCACAACCCUACCUCCAAAGGAGGUUGGGAUGUGGCCUAAGAAUUUGCCUUUCUAAUGAGUUUCCAAGUAAUUUUCAUGAAGUUUGUCUGAGGGACCACAUUUUGAGAACCACUCUAAGGAACUUAAGAGGAGUUUGUCAAAACCACUGAUAUCCUAAUAUCACCCUUAAUCUUAUAUUCCUUCACUGUUGUAACUCUUCAGUUCUUUAAAGUAUAUCAUUUCAAGGAAUUUGAAGCAGAGGUCAGAAGUAGUCUGGACUCAUAACUGAAUAUCUUCAUUCAUUUUAUUCCUCAGUUUUUAAAGUAAGCUUCUUUGUUUAAUUUUUUUCUGACUUUUUAAAAAGCAUUUUAUUUUGGAAAUUUUCAAACAUAUGCAAAAGUUUAGAGAGUAAUGAAGUAACAUUCCCUAGUGUAAUGUAAUAACUGAGCAUCAUACAGCUUCAAUAAUUUAUUGAUCUGUGGCCAGUCUUGUUUUCAUAUAUUACUUACCCAUUCCUCUUCACCCUCCCCACCCACCUGAGGUUAUUUUGAAGCAAAUACCCAGUCAUCAUUUUAUUCCUAUAUAUUCCAGUAUCUAUCUCAAGAAGGUAAGGACUUCAACUAUCUAAUAAGACAGUUUCUAUAACUUUUUAAGAUAACAUAAUAAUAAGAUCAUUCUGUGUAUUCCACCUGUGCCUUGUUUUGUGUAUCAAAAUUACCAUAUUGGAAAAUUAUAUUUUGGACAUCUUUUUUUAUUGUAUUUACUAUAGUUAUUAAUUUUUCUCAUUAAAAAUAAACAUUUAAGCCCUGAGUGGUGUGGCGCAAUUGGCUGCAUGUCACUCCUCAAACUGAAAUGUCCCUGGUUCAAUUCCUGCUCAGGGUACAUGCCUGGGUUGCGGGCCAGGUCCCCAGGGUUGGGGGUCUGGGAGAGGCAGCCAAUUGGUAUUUCUCUCACAUAUCCAUGUGUCUUUCUUUCUCUCUUUCUCCUGUCUUUCUAAAAAUAAAUAUAUAAAUACAAUCUUUUUUUUUUUUAAUUAAUUAAAUUUAUUUAUUUUUUUGAAUUGAUUAUGCUGUUACAGUUGUUCUAUUCCCCCCUCCAUUUCCCUCCACCCUGCCCCCCCAACCCCACCAUUACCCCCCUUUAGUUUAUGUCCAUGUGUCUCAAGUCCUUUAGGUUCUAUAUUUCCCAAACUAUUCUCGCCCCCCCAUCUAUUUUCUAUCUACUGUCUAUGCUACC